CGUUCACCAGCUUCCCCAGACCCCCUACCCAAGGACUCCCUUUUCAAACUCGGGAUUUCUUUUUGCCACAAUGAAGCGCAAGUUGGAUGCCAAUGAUGUGCCCUCCCCCGAGGCGGUCGAGGGCAAGGAGACCGCUGAUACGAACGAGGCCGACUUCGAAAGCCUCAACCUGGACCCGCGACUGCGCCAAGCCUUGAUCAAAGAGAAGUUCACCAAGCCCACGCCCGUCCAGGCCAAGGCUAUUCCUCUGGCUCUGGCAGGCAAAGACAUCCUGGCUCGUGCAAAGACCGGCUCCGGAAAGACCGCCGCAUACGUCCUCCCCAUCCUUCAGACCAUCCUCCAAAAGAAAGCUGACGACCCCUCAUUGAAAGCCACCACGGGCCUCAUCCUUGUACCCACUCGAGAACUUGCGGAGCAGGUCCAAAAGGUUGUCACCACAUUCGCUGCCUUCUGCGGAAAGGAUGUCCGCUCUGUCAAUUUGACCCAGAAGGUCUCGGACGCUGUGCAGCGUACCAUGCUCGCUGAUUAUCCCGAUGUCGUCAUCUCGACCCCCGCGCGUGUGAUCGCCAAUCUCGGUAAUUCCUCUCUGUCUUUGGAGAACCUCACACACCUCGUUAUCGACGAAGCGGACUUGGUCCUCUCAUACGGAUACGAUGAAGACAUCAAUGCACUUUCGAAGGCGAUCCCCCGUGGUGUGCAGACCUUCCUCAUGAGUGCCACGCUCACCUCGGAGGUGGAUACUCUAAAGGGAUUGUUCUGUCGGAGCCCUGUUGUGUUGAAGUUGGAGGACAAGGAAGAGAAGGGUGCUGGUGUUAGUCAGUUUGUUGUCAGAUGUGCGGAGGACGAGAAAUUCCUCCUGACCUACGUCAUCUUCAAGCUCCAGCUCAUCAAGGGCAAAGUCAUCAUAUUCGUCGGAGACGUCGACCGUUGCUACCGUCUCAAGCUCUUCCUGGAGCAAUUCGGUCUUAAGAGCUGCGUCCUCAACUCGGAAUUGCCCGUGAACUCCAGAAUCCACGUCGUCGAGGAGUUCAACAAGGGCGUUUAUGACAUCAUUAUCGCUGCAGACGAUCAAGAAGUCCUCGGGACGAAGUCGUCGAAGAAGGCCAAGGCGGCUGAAGAGGUUGAGGAUGACGCAGAGGAGGCCGCCGGCCUCAUGGGUUCUAGUGAAGACGAGGAAGAGGUUGAAGAAGAGAAGAGCAAAUCGAAUCGUUCCGAGAAGCGCAGAAAGCUCUCUGCCAAACAAAAGGACUACGGUAUCUCCCGUGGUAUCGACUUCCAAAAUGUCGCCUGCGUCCUGAACUUCGACCUCCCCACUAACUCCAAGUCCUACACACAUCGCAUCGGACGUACCGGCCGCGGAGGCAAGACCGGUAUGGCGCUCUCGUUCGUCGUCCCGGCCGACCAGUAUGGAAAGCACAAGCCCACCUCCUUCCCCACCGCAAAACACGACGAAGCCGUCCUCGCGAAGAUCGUCAAACGGCAAUCCAAGCUCGGCCAUGAAGUCAAGCCGUACCAUUUCGAGAUGAGCCAAGUCGACGCCUUCCGCUACCGUAUGACCGACGGUCUCCGCGCCAUCACCCGUCUUGCAGUCCAGGAAGCCCGUGCCCGCGAGAUCCGUCAGGAACUGAUCAAGAGCGAGAAGCUCAAGCGCCACUUCGAGGACAACCCCGAUGAGCUGCGUCAGCUCCGUCACGACGGCGAGCUGCGCUCCGCCCGUAUCCAGCCCCACCUCAAACACAUCCCCGAGUACCUGAUGCCUUCAAAGGGUCGGAAGGGCAUCUCCAGCGAGAACGUCGGCUACGUAGGGUUCCGGAAAUCCAGCGACAACCGCAUCCGCAAGGCAAGAGAUAAGAACCGCGCCAAGGGGAAGGGCCGGAAGCCCUCGGGGGUUCGCAAGGCUGAUCCAUUGAAGACGUUCAACCGGGGUCGGAAAUAAACUAUAGCAGAAUCGAGGGUUGGUGAUUGAUGAUAAGGGCUUAUGUACAUAUUGAAUUGGUUCAAAGUUCCACAAGGGAAAAAGUUAUCAUAUUCGGUCGGGAUAAUGCGUGCAUAUAGAACCAACGCGGAUAAUUGCAUGUUUUAUCGCAUCAUA